GGACUCCCAGCAGCUCACGCUAUUCCUUCAGUACUGUAUGGACUGGUUUAACUGGUGCCUCCUGAAGGCACCAGUGGGUGGACUCUGAGAUAAGGUUGCUGGAGCCUGAGAGGAACUGCCAGCCUCCCCAGCUGCGGGCACAGAAUAAGAUGUUGCCUGUCCUCUGGAGUGUGCCAUCUCCCACAGGAGCUGCCGCCGCCGCCGCUCACUGAAACGAGAACAGAGCCCGGGGAAGCUCUCGUCGUCAGAAAUCUGUGGGAGGGAGAUGUAGGAAGGAGGAAGACAGACUGUCAGCUCAGUGUACCAGGCAACAAAAGGCUGGCACCAUUCUGUCUGCCCGUCUCCUGCAGAGCUUUACUUCAAACUACACGGCUACCAUACAACCUCAGAUGAGUAUGACAGAUGACAAAUCCUUAAGGGAUUAGGAUACUGGUUGCUUAAAAACUGUUGACCACCGAUGAUCUGGAAAUACAACUGGCAGAUAAAUCAUAUUUGUUAUAUAAAUAACAAAAACAAACAGUACAUUUAUUUUCACUGUGUUUUCUUCCUCAAAAGCCUAUAUAGUAAUGGAUAGCUAAAAUAAAGAACUCUUAUUCUGGUCAGUGUCCACUGUAAGUGGGUCACACCAGAUGAAAGGACGCCAUUUGAUAACCAAUAAGUAAGUAGAGAGCCUGCAUGGCCCGCAAGUCUAUCAGAUGACACUGUAUGAUACUCAAGCCAGAGAGAGUUACCAGCGGAAUGGUGUAAAUGGACAAAUAUACCCAUGAACUAAGGCAGAAUAACUGAAACGUCUUGGAAAGAGAGAAAGAUGAAGAAUCGGGGAUGAUAUGCCAUUCUUGGACAAAGAGUACUUGACCCUGGUGCCCCCAUCUGUAAACCUGCAGUGCAUGUUUGGGGGUUCCUGCCCCUCUGUGUGGCAAAAUAAGAUGGUUAUGUCUCAGGGCACAUACACGUUCCUCAGUUGUUUUGCUGGCUUUUGGCUAAUCUGGGGGCUCAUAGUACUUCUCUGCUGCCUCUGCAGUUUCUUUAGGCGUCGUAUGAAGAGACGGCGUGAGGAAAGGUUAAGGGAGCAAAGUUUACGGUCUGUCCAAAUAGAGCCUUUGCAGUAUGAGGAGUAUGUGAGCAGCCCUCGUAUUCCUGUGUCGCAUCGAAUACGUGCACAAGCACAAACACAACAGCCACAACCAGCAGCAGCACAAGCACGGCCCUGGUCUGCCACACGCAGGAAUGAGCCAGAUCUUUCUCAGCCACCAUGUUAUGAAGAGGCGCUUCUAAUGGCUGAACCACCACCACCCUAUAGUGAGGUGCUCACUGACACACGUGGGAUUUAUCGAAAGAUUCUCAGUCCUUUCCUUGCUGUCCAGGAUAAAGUGGUCAAACCAGAGCAGCCCCUCAGCCAUAAACAGCAUCUGUCAGGACCACCACACACCCAACCACUUCCUGGAGCCCUGAGUUCCCAGAUCCCAGUCAGCCUCCCACAGGAAGCACAGAGGGCAAGGCCACCAUCUUGGGCUGGAUCUGACCUGGGCACUGGGGGACUGCACAGACUGCCUGGAGGUUGUCAGCUCAUCUUCCCAAUUCCCCUGCUGGGCAGGACUACCGCUGUUUGAAUCAACACAUGCAUAUGGGCCUAUAUCCCUAAGAUUUUGUGGCCUAGAUGGGAACUUUUGGGAAUUAUGAACUUUACAGGAUAACGUGAAUGGAAUAAUUAUAUGUUCCGUGUUUGAGACUACAUCAGUGACCCUAUUAAUGACAAACCGAAAACGUUCCAUGGACCAAGAAACUGUCAAAUAGGACUAUAAGGAAGAUUUGGUGGACAAUGUACAGCUGACCAGCUCUAGAAGAGAGAUGCCAUGUUCUACUUUCUAAAGACAAACAUGGACUGCAAGCCAUCUUUAUUUAUAUUUAUGUAUGGUUUUUAUUUAUUUAAUUUCUCAUUCUUUUUGGUGGGAUUAAACUUAAAUGUAUCAGCCAUUGUAUGUGUGUGUAAGAUACCACAUGCAACCACAGUUUAAAUAGUAUGUCUGUUUCUGUGUGUUGUACACACUAUGCGUGAGUGGGAGAGUACUGCUUUCUCUAUAUCAGUCAGAUCUUCAAUUUGUUUAAUCUGAAAGGGCUACACAUUGAAAAUCUGAGAAUACUUUUAAAUUGUUAUAUAGUAAAUGAUAAAAUGCAGUUACCCGGUUAAAACUGUCAAUGCUGAAGUAAUCUCUGUAGUGGUACGUAACAUACAAAGAUUUUCAUUUUUGUACAAGUAUAAUGUUUUAAGGUUGGAAUUCACCAAAUGCUGACACUGGGAGUAACACUUUUGUCCAGCUAUAACUACAAUUCACUCAAAGAGAAUCCAACACUAAAAAUAAAAUAAACCUUAUUCAAUUUCAA